UGCUGCGGGAGUUGGUGAAGAGCGGCGUGCUCGGCGCCGACGGCGUCUGCAUGACCUUCAUGAAGCAGAUUGCAGGUGAGCUCAGCCGCCCCGGGCGGCGGCGUUACGCACGCACGCCCUGCUCCCAGCAGCCAGGAGCAGAGAUGGAGCCCUGAGAGCCGCUUCGUCCCGACAUCCUCCACGAGGAGUGAGUCAGACGGAGAGCCGGGAGCCUUCUGGCAAGAGCUGCAGCCGCCAGGAAGCGCAUUGGUUCCUGUUGCUGCCAGCUUUCGCCUCGCCACGCUGCACGAGGGCACCCGCAUCAUCCUCAGUCCCUGCCCUCAGCCACGCGGGGUGGCAGCAGCGCUAUCAGCAGUCGGAGGUGCAGGAGAGGUGCUGAGAGGGUGACAGCCCCCCCCCCCCCAGAGGGCUGGGUUUGCCCGUGGGGUCCUGGUGUAAGCAGUGUGCACACACGCACGCCUUUCCGGCUUUGCAGGAACGGUGCCUCUUCCUUGUUCCCCGCUCAGCCCCACUGCUGACGUCCGGGCUGCAGGAAUUCGUGUCCCACCAUAAAACCUGGCGCUGUGCUUUCAUUGCGGGGCUGGAAAUUGUCCUGUCCGCUCUUUAGGGGAGGAAGGAGGGGAGGGAGGGGACGGAGCCCCGAGCGCGAGCCAAGCUGUGCCGGUUGUCGCGGUGCAAACAGAGCGUUCCACAAACCGCUGCUGAAGGCAUCCCUUGUUUCCUGGCUCACACCUCCCCGUGCGGGGCCCCUUCUGUGCUGGCAGGGUGCCACUGUCCCCUCGUCAGCGUUUUAUGAUGCUUUCAUUGUUACGAUCCCAUUGUUUUGGCCGGGCUGCGCAGUUGGAGUUCCUCCGCUCCCGGUGUCACCGCAGCUCCGGGCAUUGCCCCACUCGUGGCCUUUGCUGGGGACGUCAGGCGUUCCCUGCAGCUGCUGUGUCCCUUUGUGAGCUGAGCAGCUGGGAAUCCCACUGAACCUCACCCCCUUUUCGGCUUCUCCGCCGUCCAGAAAAGCGUUACCCAUUCCUCCCUGCAGAGGGGGAGAUGUGACGGCGAAGAACAUCUGGCUGGCAGAGAACGUCCUGGAGAUCCUGACAGAGCAGAGGGAAUGGGUACUGAAGAGCAGCCUCCUGAUAGCCAUGGCUGUGUACACCUACCUGCGGCUCAUCGUGGACCACCACGGCACCGCUCCGCUCCAGGCGCUGCGCCAGAAGGAGGUGGAUUUCUGCAUCUCCCUCCUCCGGGAACGGUUCAUGGACUGCUUCAUGAUCGGCCGCGACCUCGUGCGGCUCCUGCAGAACGUGGCGAGGAUCCCUGAGUUUGAGCAGCUCUGGAAGGACAUCAUCCACAACCCGCAGGUGCUCAGCACGCAGUUCACAGGUGUUCUGCAGCUCCUCCAAUCCAGGACCUCGCGCAAGUUCCUGGCGUGCCGCCUCACCCCCGACAUGGAGACCAAACUGCUCUUCAUGACCUCCCGGGUGCGGUUCGGGCAGCAGAAGCGGUACCAGGACUGGUUCCAGAGGCUGUACCUGUCCACCCCCGACAGCCAAUCCCUGCGCUGCGACCUCAUCCGUUACAUCUGCGGCGUGGUGCACCCGUCCAACGAGGUGCUCAGCUCCGACAUCCUGCCCCGCUGGGCCAUCAUCGGGUGGCUGCUCACCACCUGCACGUCCAACGUUGCUGCUUCAAAUGCCAAACUGGCUCUGUUCUACGAUUGGCUCUUCUUCAACCCCGAGAAGGACAGCAUCAUGAAUAUAGAGCCUGCCAUCCUUGUGAUGCAUCACUCCAUGAAGCCUCACCCCGCCAUCACCGCCACGCUGCUGGAUUUCAUGUGCCGGAUCAUUCCCAACUUCUACCCCCCUCUGGAAGCCCACGUUCGGCAGGGGGUCUUCAACUCCCUCACCCACAUCGUGGAGAAGCGCGUCCUCGCCCACCUGGCCCCUCUCUUUGACAACCCCAAGCUGGACAAGGAGCUCCGAGCCAUGCUGAGGGAGAAGUUCCCGGAGUUCUGCAGCUCCCCCUCGCCCCCCAUUGAAGUCAAAAUCGAGGAGCCCGUUUCCAUGGAGAUGGACAAUCACAUGUCAGACAAAGAUGACAGUUGCUAUGACAACGCCGAGGCCGCGUUCAGUGAUGAUGAAGAGGACCUGAACAGCAAAGGGAAGAAGAGGGAGUUCAGGUUUCAUCCCAUCAAAGAGACCAUCGUGGAGGAACCCGUGGACAUCACGCCGUUCCUGGACCAGUUGGAUGAGUCUCUGAAGGAUAAAGUUCUGCAGCUGCAGAAGGGGAGCGAUACGGAAGCUCAGUGUGAGGUCAUGCAGGAAAUCGUGGAUCAAGUCCUGGAGGAGGACUUUGACUCCGAGCAGCUGUCGGUGCUCGCCUCCUGCCUCCAGGAGCUCUUUAAGGCUCACUUCCGCGGGGAGGUUUUGCCGGAGGAGAUCACAGAGGAGUCUCUGGAGGAGUCGGUGGGGAAGCCGCUCUACCUCAUCUUCAGGAACCUGUGCCAGAUGCAGGAGGAUAACAGCGGCUUCUCCCUGCUGCUGGAUCUCCUCUCGGAGCUCUACCAGAAGCAGCCCAAGAUCGGAUACCACCUCCUCUACUACCUAAAAGCCAGCAAAGCAGCGGCGGGGAAGAUGAACCUGUAUGAGUCCUUCGCUCAGGCCACGCAGCUGGGGGACCUGCACACGUGUCUGAUGAUGGACAUGAAGGCCUGCCAGGAGGACGACGUGCGGCUGCUCUGCUACCUCACCCCGUCCAUCUACACCGAGUUCCCGGAUGAGACGCUGCGCAGCGGUGAGCUGCUCAAUAUGAUCGUGGCUGUCAUCGACUCAGCACAGCUGCAGGAGUUGGUUUGCCACGUGAUGAUGGGGAACCUCGUCAUGUUCCGCAAGGAUUCCGUGCUCAACAUCCUCAUUCAGAGCCUGGACUGGGAGACCUUUGAGCAGUACUGCACGUGGCAGCUCUUCCUGGCGCACAGCAUCCCAUUGGAGGCCAUCAUCCCCAUCCUGCAGCACCUCAAGUACAAAGAGCACCCCGAGGCGCUGUCCUGUUUGCUGCUGCAGCUGCGCCGAGAGAAGCCCAGCGAGGAGAUGGUGAAGAUGGUGCUGAGCCGCCCGUGCCACCCCGACGAUCAGUUCACCACCAGCAUCCUGCGGCACUGGGGGCUGAAGCACGACGACCUGCUGGCCGAGCACAUCAAGGCGCUGCUCAUCAAGAACAACAGCCUGCCCAGGAAGAGGCAGAGGACCAACGGGCGCUCGCGCUCUGCCCCCAGCCUGCGCAGCUCCAGCAGCAAACUGGCCCAGCUCACCCUGGAGCAGAUCCUGGAGCACCUGGACAGCCUGCGCCUCAACCUGGCCAACACCAAGCAGAACUUUUUCAGCCAGACGCCCAUCCUGCAGGCCCUGCAGCACGUCCAGGCCAGCUGCGACGAGGCACAUAAGAUGAAGUUCAGCGAUCUCUUCUCCCUGGCUGAGGAAUACGAGGACUCGUCCAGCAAACCCCCCAAGAGCCGCCGGAAGGCCGCCCUCGCCAGCCCCCGCAGCCGCAAGAGCGCUGCGCAGCCCCCCAACAACGAGGAGGAGUCGGCGUCCAGCAGCGCCUCGGAGGAGGAGGACACCAAACCCAAACCCACAAAGCGGAAGCGGAAGGGCUCCUCCGCCGUGGGUUCGGACAGCGACUGAGGCGCAGCGGGGCAGAGCGGCCCCCACGGCGCGGCGCUCAGCCCCAAUCGCGACGGCGCCCCCUGGCGGCGGAGGAGGGAACUGCACGUGUGUGUGUGCGGCCCCCCCCAGCACAGGAACCUCAGUGUGGGGAGGGGUCCAUAAUUCGGGGGGGGGGGGGGGGCGAUGGUACCCCCCUCCCCCCCCCCCCACUCCGUCUUCCCCCCCAUCUCCCCUCCUCCCCCCCCCCGCCGUCAUCGCUGCGCUGAUUUUCAGACGAGAGAUGUAAAUAAAGGUGUGAGCACGAAGGGCUGGGGGUGAUGGGGGGGGGGGGGGGCGCUGGGGGGGGUCUCACGGUGCCCCCCCCCCACCGCUGUCGGUGAUUUUUAAGUGUUCUCUUUUCUAAAGGCAAUAAAAACCUCCCGCACCGUUUUGUA